AUGUACGACAAACAGUUAAUCGUGGAGGAAUUGCAGUGGCCCCAAUUGGAAGGUAUUUAUUGUUUCUUUUUACGAGUUAGUGUAACCUAAGAUUGAAAGAAAAAGGGAGAACUGUGGUAAAUUUUGACUCAUUCGUGAAGUGAACCGUUUUAUAGUUGCCCCGGCGUGACUAGCGUUUACUUGAUGAUCGCUCCAAGUCACGUAGUUUGGCCGCUUUCAGCAAUUAGAAAAUGGCUACCAAACUGAGGGACACUGUGUUAAUAACCCCUUAAACAGUUAUUUAUAAGGACAAAUACACUCGGCAAAUCACGACCCAACAAGCUUCUAGUUUUAACCCUCAUCGUGUUAAAAUAAACGUUUUUUUUUAAUGAUCAGUUAAAUGUAAAACUAAGAGAAGAAAAAAUCGGAAAAGAUUAUAACGGAUUCUGGGACUUUUUUUUUCUUUCAGUUCGUACAAGGAAAAAUAAAAGUUCUCUUGGGUCAUAUAGUAUCCCUUCCUAUUAUGCGUGCGUACUUUAUUCAUCUAUUAAAUAGAAAAAAAACCCUUACUUUCAGAAAUGAGACCAGGUGUACAACCUUUCUUGUGAAAAUGAGUUUUAUUUGCAUGAGAAUGAAAAAUCAUUUUCAUAUCAAAGGCUGAGCCCUCAACCUCGUUUUGACACAGAGGCCCGGGGAGACUAGGAAAUGGCCUAUUAAAUUAAACAAUCACAUUUAUUUCACUAAAAAUUUGCUACUUUUUCCCAGGCCCCAUUUUUUCAAAAGGUGGAUAAACAAGGCUUCUCUAUCCAGUAGACUUUCUAAAAGUUCUUUACUUUUUUUCCUUGUUGGUUAUCCCACUUCGAUACUUCGUCGCUUGCUCGGUCGCUGAGCGACCUCACGCACCGAAGUUCGCUUCGCUCACUUCUAAGAAGUUAUGAGAGGUCUAGCUACUUGUAGCAAGUCUAUCUAUCUUUGCCUAUCUAUCUAUCUAUUGUAGAGGGUUUUAAAGGCAUGUUCUCGAGUUUACAUGUAUGUAUGCAUUUCUUCAUUGAAUUACAUAGGGAAAUUUGAAGAACAUCCUUUCAUAUUUAUAAAAGUAUUCAUAACAUAUAACGCUACAGCGCUCUAUUAAUUUUAAUGUCAAUAAUUAAUUUUAUAUCAAUACUAAAACCAUAAACUGGUGCAUGUCUUAAUUAGAAUCCUAGCGCUAUUACAAAGGAAGAGGUUAACUGAAACAAAAAAUCGCGCAUUAAAAUGCUUAAAAUGACACUAUUUGACUGUGCGAUCAAUGAAAAAUGUUGCAGUGUUGACGGAGGACGGGGCAUUUGCCCUCUUUUUUCAUCCCCACCCCGGGGGAUUUGACAGCUGAAGAGUCCCCACCCCCGUGAAUUUGCCAUCCAAGGCAAAAAUGCUAAUGCCCGGGGGUCAGUCCGGGGGAGGGGGGGCUGGGCGCAGGUGGAAUUGACUGAUGCAUUACAGUGUUUGUAUCAAAAUCUAAUGUCGAAUAAUUUCCGUAGAACGGCUGUUUUGAAAAAAAUAUGGGUUGUAAACUGAAGCUACAAAACAUAGGAUUGUACUAAAAAAAUUUGGGGGCGUACCUGUGCUUCAUUUCUCCAGAGGCUUGGUUUAGAUUUUCCAUACAUUUGUCUGUAAUUUUCCCCGGGACUUUCUUAGAGACAAAUGUUUAGAAAAUUUAAGAAAGUGGUUCUAGGUCUUCUAGCGUACGUAACGCCCUAAAUUUUUUUCCGUAGAAUCCUUAGGAGUGAAGCAUUAGUUUGCAAUUCAUUAUAUGUUUUUCAAAACAGUCGUUCUACGGAAAUCAUUCGACGUUAGAUUCUCAUACAAACACUGUAAUUUCUCACGCGUUUGCCCACUCGUCAAGAUGGCGUCGAAAACCGUGACAAGGUCUAUUGCGAAAAUGCUGAGAUUAUAUUGUGAAUUCUUCUCCAGGUCUUAAUAAUACGCCUUUUACAGACCGACCUUUAUCUUUGAACUUCCUUAUGCUGAGAAGAAAACAACUCUUGCAAGACCAGUGCUUCAGGAAACCACAAAACCCUCUUUACAUUGAAGAAGCCGACUUUUCCCGCUUCAUUGUAAUUGAAAAGUUGAGGUUUGUAUUUUGUUUCAUCCCAAAAGUCUCUUGUGCAACUUGGAAAAGAGUUCUUUAUGCUGCAGAAAAUAUGGGAAAAGCUACUGGGUUUAACCCGCACAAAAGAAUACUGUUUAAGUGGCUCAGUGAUUACACCCCUAGUAAAAGAAAAGAAAUUUUAGACAGUUACUACAAGGCCAUGUUUGUUCGUCACCCGUUUGAGAGACUGGCGUCAGCUUACAGAGAUAAAAAGAAAAAAAAGUGGUUCCAACGAUUAAUCUAUCCCGAGAACGAAGAAUUGUGGGGAAAGAUCAAAUUUUCGGCCUUUAUAAGGCGUGAGCUUCUAACUAGAAACAAAACGACUCUUCAAACUAACCAGCACCGGCGUUCAUAUGAGCAGAUUUGCCCAUGUGAAGUGAAAUUCGACUUCAUCGGACACUUUGAAAACUUGUUCGAGGAAGCAGGACGGCUUUUGAACAUAAUUGGUGUUUAUGACUACGUAAAGUUUCCCGAAUAUCGUCCGUCCAAGACACAACCGUACAUGCAGGAAUAUUACUCCGAGCUUACCACAAGCGAGAUAUCGCAGUUGUAUGAAAUCUUUGAGUUGGACUUUAAACUGUAUGGAUACGACAGGCUUCCUAGUCCUUUGGAAAAGUUAAUAAAAAACACAACAGUGUCAGAGAAAAGUAACCAGGAAAACAGGAAGGAUAAAUAGUUCAUUGUUUGUUUGUUUGCUUCCCUCCGAUGCGGCUAUUGCAGGGGCAUAGCCAGGAUUUUCCCAGAAGUACGCACACUUUUCUCAAUCUCAGCUAUGUGUGCCAUUGCAUUUUUUGCAUUUCUGCGAAUAGGAGAAAUAACAACAACUUCCGGUGAGAGCACUAAUCUCAUUAGAAUAACUCGGUUAGAUCGCUUUUAUAGUGCAUAAGAAGGGAAACGUCAAAGCCCUUCAGCUUACUCUUAUUAACUACAAACAUAGUGACAACGUUUUGAUGCCUUUAUGUCUAGCCGGAUUUAUGAAAACCGUACCAUCGGACUCCUGGAGCCCACACGCCUUAAACUGACUCAACUAAAGUAAAUAUCGCCAAGAAACUCAGUUCUUAUCCAUGGUUCUCUGUGACUCUCUUCUUGGUUCCUGAUUAGCAAAAGAAACAUUCAAGUCCAUCAAAAAGACACUCUAGCUGCUGAGGGGAAUACUUUCAUUGGCCAGUGGGCCUCAAACAUUACACUGAAGAAUCUGACAUGAACAAACUUAAGGCAGACAUGACCAGUGCACUGAUUCUCCCAGACCAGGACUAACGGAAGGUACCACGCUUUUGCAGAACCCUCCUCCCGCCUAGGGAUUGACAUGGAGGCCCCUUUCCAACCCAUGGCGAGUUAGCUCAGGGACUGAGCUUGACAAUGAGACCAACCAGGACAGCAAGCCCCCUAUGUUUUUUCUCACCGCAGUGACCAGAAACCUGGCUAUCGCCAGGUUCCUGUGCGAAUAUUCUGGCCCGUUUUGAGGUAUGUUUUCAAAAUUCGGCUAGAUAUACAUCCACAUUUAGAUUGCCGCUUUCUGCGCAAUUUCCCUGCCUUUUCUCGAAAUAUAUCAGUCAAUCACGCGUCGCUUCCCUGGAAACCGACAUUCGAGUGUAAAAGAAUAUUUCAGAGAAACAAGCAUAGUUAAAUGAAUUAAGGAAAACUGUACUUUCUUAAAGUAUUUGCUGUUUUCAUAUACUAAUUUGCCUUUUUAUUAUAUAAAAUCAAUAUAUUAAUUUUUUUACCCUCGACUUUUCCAGGUACGCACGUGCGAAUCGCGCGUUCAGACAGCUACUCUCCUGCAACGCCUUUAUCUCUGGAAGUCAUACAUUACGGUAUUGCUUUUAUUAACUUCCAGACACUAAAAUAACAUGUUCAUGCUUGGAAAAUAAAGACUAAAAAAAUGCAAUGAAUAGUGACAAAAAUCUCUCAUAAUGAUAUUCCCAUGAUUUACUAGUAAUACAUCUGACGACUUUUUAUACAUUUCAGUACUGUCUGAUAUAGUUUGUUGUUGUUGUCGUUGGCCGGUUGGUGGUAUUGAAUACGUCGGGUUCUUGUUUUCAUCGAGAGUUCUCUACUACAAAUUGCGAGUGAGUGUCAGUAACUUGCUGCAAGAAUAUCGUUGA